AUGGCACCAAAGAGAACUAUCCAGAGCCUCUCCAGGCAUCUCCUCUCCCAGUCCGGUCGCAAGGCCUUUGUGGGAGAAGCCGGCUCGUCACGGUCAACGAAGGUCUUCGGUCGAACCAACCCGCUCAAGAUUGUUAACACUUCGAGGUUCCAUCCGUCUGAAAUCCAGAUCGGAAGAUGGAGAUGUGUGCCCAGGUGGGUGUUCACCCCUCUUGUCAACUCACUCGCAUCUGUUUGGAACAAGCCCACUCGACAAGCUCCCGAAACUCGACCCAGGCCGCUACGUCGCAUCUCUCCCGCUGUUUCCAAUGUGACCAUCUUCUUCUGCGGGUCCAUCGGAUACGGUUCGCGCUCCCUGAUGGUGUCGUCCCACACAUCUGACGCCCCAAAUUCAGAACAACCCAAGACGGGAACGACUCAAGCAUGCCUCAGAAACCCCUCACAAGCACCUUGUCCUCUCGCAAUGAGCCAGCAGCUACCGCAGUACAAGCGGCUUUUCACCGAACGGGCCACCGCUGCUACAAUGUAA